AGGAAUGGCUUCCUCCGAGACGCAACCUCGCUUCGGUCAAUCUGUUAAAGGUUUAUUAUCUGAUAAAGUCACUUCUUGUAGUGGGGAUGUCAUCGCUCUAACUCGUCAAGUGUUAAAAGGAUCCCGCAGCCAAGAACUACUCAGUCAGGCAGCGAGAAAUAUGGUAAUUCAAGAAGAUACCAUUCUGCACUCUGAAGAUAGUCUACGGAAAAUGUCUAUUAUAACCACCCACUUGCAAUAUCAGCAAGAGGCUAUUCAAAAGAAUGUGGAACACUCAAAAAACCUACAGGACCAGCUGAGACAUUUGAUGAAAUAAUGAAGCUGAGCUCUUCUAAGAUCACACUGUGAAUUCAGCCUCCUUUUCAUGUGUUUUUUAUUGAUUUUUAACAAUAAAUCGGGCAUUGUGUAGCAAACACUGCUUAACUUCUUUAAGAGUGCAGAUGAUGGUAUUGUAAAAAGAAGAUUGCUCUUAUAAAAGAUACACAAACCAAUAUUGUCUUUGCUCUAUAAUCUGCUACCGGAUGGCCCCUGCAAAAUUUCCACAAGACCUUCAAGUGAAGGUUUUUCUGUAAGAAAAUCUUUUCAUAUUUGUCUUCUUGUACUGAUAGUACAUCGACAAAAAAUGUGUUUUGUCUUUCUGUUUUAAGCAGGACAAGGUUGCGUAGGAACAUUUGCUUUGAUUCAUUUGCUUUUUUAGGACUUGUUUAAAAGAAAGUUCUAUUUACAAAUUGUGUUUUCUUGUUAUAUUAUUUAUGUCUUGUUUUAUAAUGUUGUUGUGCCAUAUUUACUUGAAUAUAUUUGUAUAAAACUUCACACAAAACAUUUCUAAGCUGUUAGUUAAUGAAUGAAGUUAAUUAAUGAAGUAUCCUUGGUCUAUAGUGAUCCAGCUAAAUUAAUUGUAUGUGUACAACAGAAACAUGUCAUUUGUUGAUACGUGGGGUAUGUGGUGAAGUUUAUCCCACGUGCAAUAUCAGCAGCCCCUCUGCAAGGGCAAGCAGAUGGAUGUCCUAGAGAGCAAGGCCUUGAGCAGAACUCUUCAGGGUUCUACUACAUAUUCUUGACUAAGUCUGUGCAUUUAUUAUUCAAUUUAAACAUAAACAUUGAAUCAAAAGUUUCAUUAGAUGCAAACAAUUGCAUUUAGAAAGCAUUUGCAAUGGCAAUUGCAGACUUUAAAAACAACAGAGCAGAAAUUUGAGAUGAUUCUAAAUAAUCAAGACUUACAUAUGCAGCAAAUCCCGUGAUAAUAAAGGCCAUACAUUAAGUCUGAUUUCUUGACAGUCUUGCAAUGCACAUUAACACUCGCAGGAUCAUAGAAGUCAGGAAUAAAAACCUUGAUAUGGAAAGAAUGUUCUGUACCUCCCUUAGUUCAGCUUAUCACUCUUCAAGGUCUCUCUUCUA